GUAUAUGUCAAAAGUCAAAAUACGUAACGGUUUUUGACAUUAUUGAAAACCGGUAGGUCAUUAAGUUAAGAAAAUAUUGUAUUUUAUAUGAAUUUUCUAUUUGAAGUGUAUGUACAGCUCGCUUUCACAAACCUUAGUUAGGCUAUUAAAUCCGAAUAAGUAUUCUAAUUUUCAUUUCUUAGUUUAAUAAAAUAUGGUUAAUAAAAGACGCCGUUUGGUAUCUAGUGAUAAAAACGAUCAUGUUCCUAAAGCUAAAAGAGCCAAAUUUACAUUAGAAAGUGUUCGAUUACCAGAAUUAAAUGUACAGGGUACAGUAUUAGUCACUGGGGCUGGUGAUGUUGGACAAUUAGGUUUGGGUCCAGAUGUUUUAGAGAAAAAACGUCCAGCCGCUGUUGAAUUAGACUGUAAGAUUGUGGAUAUAUGUGCAGGAGGUAUGCACACUGUUUGUUUAAGUAGUGAAGGAAAGGUUUUUACAUUUGGUUGUAAUGAUGAAGGUGCAUUAGGUAGAGUGACGGAAGGUAAAGAAGAUGCUGAAUUUGAGGCAGGAGAAGUAGAACUACCUGGUAAAGUUGUACAAAUAUCAGCUGGAGAUUCUCAUACAGCUGCUUUAUUAGAAGAUGGACGUGUCUUUGCUUGGGGCACUUUUAGGGAUUCACAUGGAAACAUGGGAAUGACAUUGAAUGGCAAUGAAAAAUUCCCUUUUGAAAUUAUAAAAGAUGUUGUCAUUAAAAAGAUAGCGUCAGGUGCAGACCACAUAGUAUUUCUUACCAAUCACGGAGAGGUAUAUACUUGUGGUUGUCCAGAACAAGGACAAUUAGGAAGGACAACUGAAAGAGGAAGCAGUAGAAAUGCUAGGAGUGGAAUUGGUAAGGGGCAAUUAGCUAAGCUUUUGGAUCCCUUACCAAUUAAUUUGAAACCAAGUUUGAAACUUCAUUUUGACAAUAUAUGGGCAUCUAAUUAUGGAACAUUCUGUAAAGUAGCCAAUAGUGAAGAUAUUUAUGUAUUUGGACUGAAUAACUACUAUCAAUUAGGUUUGAAACAGCCUGUUCCUUAUUUCACACCGACCCUAUCCAAAGACUUCUCCAAACAUAAUUGGCAUACAAUAAGUAGUGGACAACAUCACACAAUAGCAUUAGACUUAGACGGAAAUGUUUAUGCUAUAGGCAGAAAAGAUUACGGAAGGUUAGGUUUGGGGAAAGGAUGCGAAGAUGCAGAUGAAUUGAAAAUUGUUAACACUUUAUCAGGAAAGAAGAUAAUCAAUGUAGCAUGUGGAUCUGCUACAUCAUUUGCAGUUUCUGAAGAAGGUGAUUUAUUUGGUUGGGGAAUGGGUACUAACGGCCAAUUAGGAACAGGCGAAGAAGAUGACUGUGAAGAACCCACCGUUAUAAAAAGUAAACAGUUACAAGAUAAAAAAGUGUUUAGAGUUAGUAGCGGAGGGCAACAUACAGUAAUUUUAGCUGCAAAAAAUGAGGCUAAUGGACAUGGAGACGUUUGAAAAUAAAUUUAAUAUUCCGAAAAAUAACUCUGUGACUGCCAACGUCUUGGUAUAAUAUAAUUAAUAGAAGUACAAAUUUUUCAAGUACAUAGUUAAAUCUUAAAUUUGAUUUUUUUAGAUAUUUUUUCAUACGUGACGUAGUAGUAGGCUCAGUUAUUUUCCAGAAUUAUUUUGAUAUUGUGUUCAGGUUUGAUGGUAAUUUAUGGGAGAAAUAGUUACAAAAAGUAGAAUUAUUGAAAGUAUUUUUUUUAAAUUGCAUAAAUUUGUAAUAAUAAUGUAGUAAAAUAUGUAACAUGUAACAUAAAUCAAAAUUUAGAAUAUUUUUUUUAUAACUGACACAAGUUUUUUCCAAGACAUACAGGGUGCUUCCAAAUGUUAAUAAUGCCGAUUUUCUUGUUUGUUUGUACAUUUUUUUAACUAUUUUAUCCAACAAAAUUAGUUGAUUUAUUUAGUUUAAAAUUAGUUCUAAAUGUUUUAUUUCAGAAUUUGUUUUGUUCAUAAUUUACGUUCAAUUUUUUGGUCUUUUUCUUGACUUCUGAUGAUAAUGUGUACUAACAAUUGCUUUUCUAAAUUUGUUUAAUACACUUAACUAUGUCAAUUAAGUAAUAAAUUAUUCUAAAACAAAAUGUAAAAACAUGUUUCAUAUAAUAAAUUAUCCAAACUUCCAAAAGAAAAAGUUUAUAAAUAUGCCCUUAUUGGUUCCCAAAUUAAUAGACACCAAUAAAAUUUGUGUAUAAUAGAUUAAACUUUGUUUUACAUUUAUUUCUAAAGUACUAAAUAAUUUUUCAAGUAGUUCAUUGCGAAAUAAUUUAGGUUCAAUUACUCAAUUCACUUACAACAUGAUUAUAGAAUACUUUUACAAAAUAGUCUGCGUUCUGAUUCACAAUUACAAAAAAAUUAUGAAUCAUGUUCUUAGAAACUUUCUAAAUAGUUUGUUGCAAUAUAGUCUAUGUUCGAUUUCUCAAUUACAAUAAAAUUUAUCACAAAUGUUCUCAGAACCUCUCUUGCAAGGUUAAGAAUAAUAGAAGGUUGGUGGCAAUAACAAGUUGCGCAGUAGACAAGUGACGUCACCGGUUCUUCUUCAAUUUAGUCUCAAUAAAGUCGUUAGUUAGAAAUAUAUUAGUUUAUAUAGCCAAAUCAGCAAGAGAUAACACACAUCCUCAUAACUCGAACAUAAUGUUAGAGAGGUUCUGUUUGUCAUAAAAAUAUGAACAAAACAAAAAUGUAAACAUAGUGACGUAGCUGGUGUUCUAGCAGCUGAUCGUUUGUUUAUAAAAACAUGCGGAUGUCACCAAUCUUCUAUUCUUCUAGUAACAUUGCUCUCUUGCCACAACAGUUUUUGCUGAUUCCCAAUAUUUUGUUUACUUCUGUCUUAUUUGUUGAUUAAAUUGAUUUUUUUCGUUUCGUUCGAUUUCAAUAUCCGCUUCAAGUUUCUCUAUCAAUUUCGAUAGCCUCUCAAUUCGGAAUUCGUUUUGCUUAGAUCUUCAAUCAUCUUGUGCUCCAAAAUAGUUGAAGCGUUCUAAUGGGCUCAAUAGUUGUAGCUUUCAUCUUCUGUUACCUUACCAUAUAUCUUCGAACGGCUGAUUGAUAUAAUUUUUUUUACCUUUUGUUAAAAAAAUUGUAAUCCCAGCUAUACAUCGUUUUGCUCGAGUUUGUAUUACUAAAAUAGAAUGUCGUAGCCUCUAAUACUGAAUCUUACCGAACAUAUUUCAGUGCGUGCUCUUCUGAUUUCUUUGCCAACCUUCUAACUAUGACUCCUCGUACGUAUCUUUAUAACAUUUCUGGAACCCACAGUUUUUACCGAUUUUCAAUAUCUGUAUCCGCUUCAAGUUUCUCGAUCAAUUUUGACAGCUACUUAAUUCGGAUUCGAAGAUUUGUUAAGCGUUUUAACGUGCUCAAUGGAUGUAGCUUCAAUCUUUAGUUACCUUACGAGAUAUCUUCGAAUGGUUGAUUGACAUAUAAUUUUUCUUACCUUCUCUUUAUUCUACCUAUGAGUCAACCAAUAUUGAACGUGUUUUGGUAUAACAAUUUCCGCAAUAUUUUGUUUCAAACUCGAAUUUGUAUUACUAAAUUAGCCUUUAAUACUGAAUCCUCUUGAGUCACCACCGAACAUAUUUUUGUAAUGCUUCUCUAAGCACGUGCUUUAAGAAUUCUUCAGCCUUUUAACUAUGACUCCUCUUCUGUAUCGUUGCAUUAGAGAUGCCGAUUUUCGAUUUUCAAAUAUUUCUUUCUGCAGAUAAACAUCCAUACAGUCUUCUGCAUCAUAAUACAACACUUACAGUUUAUCUGCUCCAAGUUUUUCUAACUAAGCCGCUUAGCCGGCUCAUAAGAAUAUCAUCGUCUGACCAAACAGGGAACUUUGAUGCAUUUUUUAAAAAUAUCUUCACAAAUUUUUUUUACUAUCAUCUAUUUUUACAAAACACUCGAUGACAAUAAAAGAAAUCAAUAUACGUCCAAUUACUAGGGAAACUUUCCGAAGAUAGCUAGAUAGUUUCACGUACACUGCAAGCUCGGAGCUAUUGGUCAAUUCUCUUCGGCUCGUAUUCAAAUGCCGCUUUUGAUUCGUUCGGUUUUAUACAAUGCACGUAAUUUGGAGUUGUGGCGUUUAGGGUAUUCAUAAGUUUAUUAAGGGAAUCUCUAAAUUGUGAACUAUCUGACUGUACGUAUUUUCUGCGCACUCAGUAUCAGUUUGGCUGAAAUAAUUUUGAGCUUAGUUCUUGGAAGUGCCAAUUUCUGAGUUUCAGGAUUAACUAAUUCAUUUGAGCUACAUCUUAUUACAAUUAUCUGUUCUUCUGUUAGAGUAUCUCCAUUUUUCUCUAAAAACCCGUUACUUUUCUGCAUUUUAAACUUUACAUUUCAUCACGUUGUGCUUGAAAUAUCAUAAAUUUAAAUACACUAAUUCACGACGUUAUGUAUUAAAAUUUAUACUGUUUACAAAGGGUAGCUGCUACAAUUGUAGGCACGCAUGAUCAACGCUCAGAGACGAAAUAAAAUUAGACAAGGUGUAACUAGCAACAAUGAGUUACUUGUUAUAUUUUACCAAUUUUUAGUAUAGGGAAGGUUUAUAUAUAUUUUUUCAAUAAAUAUUUUCUGUUUGUUUUUAAAACAACUAGUAAAAUAAGAAUGAGUUACCUAAUUGUCGAGAUAAAUAUAUUGGAUGUAUAUUUUGUAAUAGACUGUUUUUUAAAUAAUGUUACUACAUAAAUAAGGAACAUUAAGCUGGAAAUGUUUUUUAGUGUCCCACUAAUAAUUGUUCAUGUUUUUUGUAAUGUAUUUUUUUUGUAUUUCGUUAAAAUUUUCGUCAAGAUGUUUCUUAUUUUUGUUUACAAGAGACUGUCUGAAUUUUUUUGUUAAUAAAUAAAUCAUAUCCCAUA